UUAAUCGUUUUUUUUUAUUGUCUAGACAGAAGAAAAUGAUGGGGGAAAUGGGAUAAUACAGAUCAAACUUUUCAAAGUGUGUCUUGUGAACUUAUAAAAAAAAAAUUCUUGUUAAACAUUUAUAAAGGCACCCCUACAAAGGAGUAGCAUGAAGGGCAAGAGGCUACAGCCUCUGGGACAGAGGAGUUGUCGACUGGGUCCGGUCCAGAUCGAGGCGGGGACGAAUCACUGCUGAAGACAAUUCUCUCCUCUCCGACUGGCUUCUAAAGGAGGGGCAAGAACAGUAGGAUAUACUACAAAGAUCUCCAGUCCUCCUAUAAGCGUAGAGCGGCCCCAGUGUGCCGAGAACGGAACUUCCGGUCUCCUCUGGUUCCACCCCGGCCCCUGAAGCCGAGAGGCGGAGUUUUAGGGUGGCCGAACAGGCGUGGCCCCGACGACCCGGAGUCUGACCCGCCCAUUUUACACAUGGGGAAUACUGAGUCCAAGCUAGACUCAGGCACUGGUCCCACGUCACCCCGCGGGCUCUGGGUGGUGUGUGCGUUGGGUCCUCAAACCUGACCUUCGGGCUCCGUGCGUCAGGAACGUCCCAGGCGCAGCGAGAGAAGGAGCAACCGAGGCAUCGAGCGCGCGCGCUGGGCCAUGGCGGCCUUCGGGGCUCGGGUGGAGCCGCCUCCCCUUCCUCAGCCUCUGCAGUCUCUGCCACCACCUCCUCCCCAGCCCCUGCAGCCGUCUCUCCUGCCUGUGCAGCCGCAGCCGUGGGCGGCGUCGGGCCCCCGCUUCCGCUGGUACCGCUACCAGGAGGCGGCCGGGCCGCGGCAGGCACUGAGGAGGCUCCGGGAGCUGUGCCGCCAGUGGCUGCGGCCCGAGCGGCACAGCAAGGAGCAGAUCCUGGAGCUGCUGGUGCUGGAGCAGUUCCUCACCAUUCUGCCGGCUGACGUGCAGGCCUGGGUGCGGGGCCGCAGCCCGCGCUCCGGAGAUGAGGCGGCCGCAGGCGUAGAGCUGCUGCUGCGGCUGCGGCUGCAGCAGGAGCAGGGGGCCGAGCCGCAGGUUCCAAGUUUUGCCCAGCAAACAGAAGUGCUGUCAGAGGAGAAAGUGACAGAAAUGACACUCUUGGGAGCAGUACCAGAGUCAUCUUCUUUGCCUUCGACCAGUGAUUCUUCAAGAACAAAGCCUGAAUCUCUUCAUCAUGGAAACCUGGUGUCCCUCCAGGAUCCCCAACAAGAUCAUGAAACCAGGACUGUGAAUGAAGAAUUAAUUCUAAAGCAGGAAAUUUCUGAAGAAGUGGAAUCCCAAUGGAUGGUUUCAGAAAGACCUACAGAGGAAGUUUCCCAGGGAUCAGUAUUUGGAGAAGCCCUUGAACAAGAGAUCAGGUUAGAAAGGCAGCAGGGAAAACAUGGAGAGGAGAGCCUGAACAGAUCUCUUUCCUUAGAAAGGAGUUUCAGACCAGUGGCAGCAAUCCACCAGACAAUCACCAUUGGGGAGCAGAGCCAAGAAUAUGAUGAAUUUGAGAGAACCUUCAGUCUUAAUUCAAACCAUGUAACAGAUCAGAGAUUUCCUAUAGAAGAAGAUGCUCAUUGUGAUACCUGUGGUGAAAUCUUUCAAGAGACCUCAGAACUUAUUGAACAUGAGAAAAUUCACAUUGGAGAGAAACCUUAUAAAUGUGAUGAUUGUGGAAAGGCCUUUGGUCGAAGCUCACACCUUAUUCAGCAUCAGAGAAUUCACACUGGAGAGAAACCCUAUGAAUGUAAUGAAUGUGGGAAAGCCUUCAAUCAGAGUUCACACCUUGUUAGACAUCAGAAGAUUCACACAGGAGAGAAACCCUAUGUAUGUACUGAAUGUUGGAAAGCCUUUAGUCGGAACUCUGUCCUUAUCAGACACCAGAAAAUUCACACUGGAGAGAAACCCUAUGAAUGUAGUGAGUGUGGGAAAAACUUCAGCCAGAGCUCGGGCCUUAGGAAGCACCAGAGAAUUCAUACUGGGGAGAAACCCUAUGAAUGUAGUGAAUGUGGGAAAGGUUUCAGGCUGAUCUCCACCCUCAUUCAACAUCAGAGAAUUCACACUGGAGAGAAGCCCUUUGAAUGUGAGGAAUGUGGGAAAGCCUUUCUGCGGAGUUCAGGGCUUGUGGAACACCAGAGGAGUCAUUCUAGGCAGAUUCAGGUAGCCCAGGAGGAGCAGAGGCCCGCCACCGAGAUGUCGAAUCUUCCAAGUUGCCUAGAGCGGCCGCGCAGGUCCUCCCGGCCUAGGAAAGCACUCAAACCCUCGCUUCCGGUCAGAGGUUUCUGUAUCUCGGGGGGCGUCUCUGGAACGGCGGCUGCCUAUGUUCCUGUCCAUCAUACUAUAAGAAGACAAGGAAAACUGAAGAUGGAGGCUGAGUGCCUAUCAGCCAGGCCCCAGGGCAGAGCAGUGGGACUAUGCUGGGCCUACAAUAGGAACAUGUUAUUCCAGACACCUGUGAUAUUUGAAGAUGUGGCUGUAUACCUCACCCGAGGUGAGUGGGACUGUCUGGACCCUGCUCAGAAGAGCCUCUACAGAGAUGUGAUGCUGGAGAAUUAUGAGAACAUGAUCUCUUUGGGAUUUCCAGUGUCCAAACCCGAUGUGAUCUCCCAACUGGAGCGAGGGGAAGAACCAUGGAUUGUGCACACACAGGAGAAAGUGACCCUGAAAGGAGACUGUUCAGAUUGUGAGGCCAGACCUGAGAAUAAGAAGUUGUCUCAAAAGCAGAAAAUUCCUGAAGCGAUGGAAUUACAACCAGAAACUUUGGAAAGAUUUGUAGGGCAUCUUCCCCACAAAUCCAAAUGUAAAGAAAGUUGUGAACCUAAAGACAAGUCAAAGGAGUAUCUAACAGAGGGACUGAGAAAACUUCUUUCACAGAAAAAGGUUUUCAAGCCAAUGACAAUAAUCCACCAGAAAUCUCCCACAAGGGAGAGAAGUCAGGAAUGUAAUAAAUUUGGGAAAAGCUUCAGAAAGGAGAUAAAUCCUAUUGGGCAUCAAAGAAUUUCUUCUGGAAGGAAAAUCCAAUCAUUUGAUAAAAUGAGCCAAAGCUUCAAGCAGAAUUUAGACCAAAUGAAAGUCCAAGUAGAAAAGAAAAUUUGUAAACCUAAUGUAUAUCAGAAAGGUUUCAUGCAAAAUUCAAGCCAAUCUGGACGUCAUCAAAUUAACUAUCGAGAGAAACCCUACGAGUGUAACGAAUGUGGAAAAACCUUCCGUCAAAGCUCAGCCCUUAAUCUUCAUCACAGAAUUCAUACUGGUGAGAAACCCUAUGAGUGCAAUGAGUGUGGGCAAACCUUUAGCCAGCUUUCUAACCUUAGUACACACCAGAGAAUUCACACUGGAGAGAAACCCUAUGAGUGUACAGAAUGUGGAAAAGCCUUCCGCCAACAUUCAGUUUUUAUUCGGCACCAGAGAAUACACACUGGUGAGAAACCCUAUGAGUGUAAUGAAUGUGGGAAAGCCUUUACUACCUGCUCAUCCCUUAUUCUACAUUACAGAAUCCAUACUGGAGAGAAACCCUAUGAGUGUAAUGAAUGUGGCAAAGCUUUCAGUCAGAGUUCAUCUCUUAUCCUGCAUCAUAGAAUUCACACUGGGGAGAAACCUUUUAAAUGUAAUGAAUGUGGACAGACCUUUAGCCAAUUGUCAACCCUUAUUAAACAUGAGAGAACACAUAAUGGAGAGAAACCCUAUUUAUGCAAUGAAUGUGGAAAAUCUUUCCGUCAGGACUCUCAGCUUCUGUUUCAUCAGAGAACUCACAAUGGUGAGAAACCAUUUCAAUGUAAUGUAUGUGGGAAAGAUUUCAGUGCUCGUGCAUCCCUUAUUCAGCACCAGAGAAUUCAUACUGGAGAAAAGCCCUAUGAGUGCAAUGAAUGUGAGAAAGCCUUCCGUAGACGCUCAGAAUUUAUCCGGCAUCAGAGGGUACAUACUGGGGAAAAACCAUAUGUGUGUAAUCAGUGUGAAAAAUCCUUCAGUGUACACUCUUGCUUUAUCAGACACCAGAGAAUUCACACUGGUGAGAAACCUUAUAAAUGUAAUGAAUGUGGGAAAGCCUUCCGCCAGAGCUCUCACCUUCUUACACAUCAGAGAAUUCAUACUGGAGAGAAACCUUAUGAGUGUAAAGAAUGUAAGAAAUCUUUUUGUCACAGAAUAUCCCUCAUUCAACAUCAGAGAGUUCACAUUGGAGAAAGACCCUGUGAAAGAAUUAUCACUUCAUGA